UAAGUGAGUCAUUACUGGACGUAUGCAACGGUCUAUUUAUAUAGAAUAGGAGUCCACAUAAAUGUAUGCCAGAAAGAGUAACUGUGUAUAACACAUUAUAUACCCAGGGAAGUGACUCCUCGGCUGCAUGUGUGUAAGGGUCCAGCCUUGUGGUCAUUGAGUGGUAAAUUGUCGUAGACACUCGUUUGCGGUCGUGUCUAGUUCGCAAGGUUGUUUAGUAUUAAGUGCUACUGCAUCAGGCUGUUGGAGAGCUUAAGUGAUUAGCUGUGUAGUGAACUUACUCCCUCCUCAGAUCCUGACAAGGCCUGUCGUCAAGGAGGCAGUAAACGGCACUACUAGGCUUGAGGUUAUAACACACUGUUUUACAGUGGGUGGAUUUUUUAUGGUGUGGUGUGGUAUACGAGCACCAUGGCAAGAGAUUCUUCCUUCGUGUGGCUUCGGCCGGCAACAGAAAUGGAGAACUUACUGGACUGUGCUGCAAGGAAAGGGUUUUACACCACGGUUGUGGGGCUAACAGUUCGCUCCAUUGUGCCUCUCAGUGACCACCACAUCAAGGAAACGCUUCAUCACAUGUUCAGGAAGGUACCGGUCUUAAGGAUGUGCUUCCGGAGGCGUGAGGAAACUUUAUGGGCGUGUGACAUGAACCGGGAGGAACUUGAUUUCCAGGUAACAGACACGCAGGAGCUAGUUCAGGCUGUGGAGACGUUAAUGCAGUACCACUUUCCUACUACCGAAGGUCCUUUGUGGUGUGCACGUCUCCUUCCUGCCAGUGACCCUGGCUGCAGUUUCCGGCAGGAGUUGUCUGCCACUUUUCCCUACACCCGCACAUUACUGCUGGCCAAUCACCACGGCAUCGCCGAUGGUACCUCAAACAUGUACAUUGUGAACGCAUUCCUCAACGUGUUGGACGACAUGCUCUCCGAUAAGGCCGUCGACGACGCAGUUCAGCUGGGCAGGAUUGAUGCUGGAGAGGAAACCAAAGAUAUAAUUACAACUCGGAUGAUGGAACUGAUGGAGGACGAAGACCAGUACCAGCAGCUACGAGAGAAUAUGAAAAAGUCAAAACAAGAUGAAAAAUUAGUCCCACGUGCUUAUCCGAUGCCGAAAGAUCCUGCUUUUAAGAGUCAGAUAGUCCUGCGUGACCUGGACAAGGAGACCACCCAAAGCUUCAUCAGCAAGUGCAAAGAAGAGCAAAUUACGUUGAACAGUGGACUACUGGCGGUGUUCAACACAAGUCUCGUUGACUUCGUGUUGGAAGGAGGCCUAGAACAAGACUUUUACAGAAUCCAAGAGCUUCAUGCUGUUAACAUGAGACGUUAUUGGUCAAGUAACACAUCGGGAGCACUAGGUGCUCACAGAAUGAUGAUGAAGAACGUUGUCUCGACGCCUCUUCAUUGGAAGGACCACUUUUGGGACUAUGCCAGAAGCAUCCAUAAAAAUAUCACUAAAAGUCUUCAAGAAAAGUAUGCAGUGACGUGUGAAUUAUUAUUGUUGGGUGGAGGAAAUGUAGAAGAUAUUUUUGCAGAACGAUCAUCACCAGAGUAUGACUAUGCUACAUCCAACAUGGGUAACAUAGACCAUAUCAUCCUGUCAGAAAGGCAUAAGGUAAGGCUCCAACAUCUUUUCGUGGUUACCUCAUGCUUUACUGAACCUAUGGGACACAUGUUCCACACCCUGCGCGGACGCCUCAUAUACAGCUUUGUUUACGCCAACGACGUUCUCACUCGGGAUAAAGCUCAGAAAUUUGUGGACAAGACCUUUGAGAACCUGGUGACAGUGCUGAACAUGUAAGCCGAGCAGCACACUGCUGAUAGAAAACAAAUAUGGUGAUUUACUAUCUCAGAAAUCAUUAGUAUAGCUUGACAGUUGUCAUACUCAGAAGACAAGCCACAAGGUGAUAUGACAAAAGUAUUUAACUUAUUAAUGAAAUACCAUAUAAAUGACAAAAUAUUCAGAUCAGUAUAUAAAUUAAAAGAUAACAUAACAGCUUACUACAGGAUAGUGUAUCCAUAUUUACAAUAAUGUAGCCAUGUUUGGUGAUCCACCAUGAAAACAUUUAUAUUUAUUACUCUUACUAAAAAAAAAAAAAAUGUUAGUUAUAUCUGAAGUACUCCUUAAGAAGGACACAUGCGCUAUUUGUCCAACACACUAUACUGUUAAUUAAAUUUCUUAUCAACUAAAAUUGGUCAGUUGGUAUCUGCAUCUCUUAUUACUUUAGAUAAAAUUUCAAUUUUUCAAAGAUUUCUUUUUUGACAUUUAAGAUCUCAAGAAUACUUACAUCCAUCUUGGCUGCCUUCAGAAGUUCAGAAAACGUUGGUCACAUGUUUAUCUUGUAUUUUCUGCUUGAAGAAAUUAAAUCCAGGGAGGGAAGAAUGAUUGUCCUUCCUCCACGUUAAGGGCGGAGUGUCUCGCCCAAGGUUUCUCUUCCUCCUCUCGAAUCCUCGAGCAGAAGGGACUCAGGCUGCUGACUCGUCAUGAUACAGGAUCACGCGUCGAAGCAACGCCUCGAGUGCCCUCGUCACUUUCCCCUCCCUCUUUGGUAGGGGGAACUCUGCAGGAGCUGAGGCAAUCGUGAGGCCAACAGACACCAGGCGGCAGACCGCUCUCACCACCUGCCACGACACCUUCGUUCAGCUGUUCUCCUCUACCGCUCCGGAAGGCUUUGGUAAAGAUUGUGGCUGAUCUCACCUGCCCUCAGUAUCUGGCACUCAUCUGCCGUUGGCCCCAACUCGUUCCUGGUUCAACCCAUGCCGGUCGAGAUGAGAUUCCUACGGCUGCAGGGACGCCGGCCUCCAAGGACUACCCCAGGACUCUUGGUGAUAUUGCCGGAUAUCUCUGUUAUUGUUGGGUUGUGUUAAUUAUUAUUGUGGAGUUCCGUUCUCCCUCGUUUUCUUUACGUCCCAAUCUUAGAAGGAGUGUUGACGGGAAGAGUAGCCAUCCCGGCCCUGACAGUGUAUAUCAAUAAUGAUAAUUCUCUGUCCCUACAUAAUUCUAACUAUAUUACUGUUACGCAGGGCUUUUACAUAGGCUGCCCAUGUUCAUAGAAAUGAGAGGAUGGAGUUUGGGGGAGAGAAUGGGAUUUAAGAAGCAUGUAUGGUUUUUCUUUUGCUUGAUAUCAUUAUUUUAUUUUGUCUUAUUUAUUUUGGGGUUAUAUGUAUUUUCGUAUCUCUGGAUUACUAAAACAUUUAAUUUGGCUUUUGCAGUCAUAAUUUGUGUUGUAUACUCUGGGUUGGGCAACAUGAAUCAUGCAGGAAGGAUGACUGAAAAUUUAACCUUGUCACCUGAGUUGGUAAGGCUAAUGCGCCUUAGGGAAAUCUAUACUGGUAGAGUUUCUGGUCUGGUUCGCGCACACUACCAGGUUAAGGUGUCUCCUGAGUCGCUAAGGGAUUACCGGUGUGGCAGAAUGAAAUGUCCAGAGUGUCCAGAGUGUUCGCUGCCAAACGUGCGUGACAUCACCCACUUGCAUACCGCCGGCGCCCAAUGCAUAUUUCCGAAGUCUAGAAGAGUAGUUGCCAAUUACUCGUGAACAUGGUGGACUGGCUUAGGCAAGGUUAGGUUAGGAUUAGGUUGGGUUAGGUUUAAACUCUCAUGAAUAGAUGAGUCUUUUAAUUCGCUUCAAUUCGAUACAAUGGUAAUAAUAUAUAACCUAAGUAUUUUUAACAAUGGUAUAUUAAAAAAAAUUUUUUUUAACUAGCUAGAACCAAAUGAUAAGGAACAUUGACAUAACUUUUAGAAUAAUGUAUAAUUGUAAAAUAGAACUUCAGACGCGACAUCCACCUGAGUGAUACAAAAAAUCAUAUUUUACCAUAUUGUUACGUAUAUAUGUAGCAGCCCUACAGGCGAACACACAACGAUGCUGUGUGUAUGAGGUAGCCUCAUCUGAGUACAUAUGUGAGUAUAUAUGAGUACAUGUGUGAGUACAUGUGCGGUGAUCUAGGUAGCAGCAUUGUGUUGCUCGUUGUUCAGAGGCUGGCGCCGUUAGCGCUAAUGGAAAGUAUUGACAUAAGCCUGUCGGUUGACCUCUGAGGCCCUGUGGUCACGAGAGUGAUAGUGUGUGUGUGUGUGAGGGUUAGCUAACCACGGAAUAAUUGUUAUACAGUACAGUUUAGUUGUAGUUCUGUGAGUGCAUGCAUAAUAUAAGUAGUAAUUAUCCUUACCAGUAUUGAUAAUCUGCAUGACUUGCACUUAUAUUUUGCAAGCUAGAAUAGGUGUAGUUAAAUGUCACCUGGCAGAGGUGAUGACACGGAAGGUAAUGUAUGAGGCACUCUGUGGCACUGAGGGACAGAGAGAGAGGGUAUCGAGACCGCGUCAUGACAAGACGUGCGAGUGGAGUUUGCGUGUGACUGACUGUGACGGUAAGAGUGCCUGCCACCCCUGUACCUGCCUGUGUGGCCUGACUGUAUUCUACGGUUACUUUGUGUACUGUUGUGCAAUAUAUGAACAUAAGGAGAA